AUGUCAACCUAUUCUGACAAAAACUUUAACUCUAAACAUUAUAAUGAGGCAAGACCAACUUAUCCUGAUGCUUUCUAUAAGACUUUGAUUGCAUAUCAUGAAGAAUCUUCGAAUGAUGGCAAGAAAGACCUAGCUGUUGACGUGGGGUGCGGAUCAGGGUUUGUAACAUUCAAAUUGCUAGACUAUUUCAGCAACGUCAUAGGUACCGAUCUUUCUCAAACUAUGGUUACACAAUGCAAACAGGACCCUCGUUCACAAGGCCCUAGCGCUUGCGUCAAGUUCUACGAAGCACCGGCUGAAGCCUUUCCAAGCGAAAUAAAUGAGGGCUCAAUUGACUUGAUCACAGGUGCUGAAUGUAUCCAUUGGGUCAAUCAUGCGAAGUUUUUCAAAGAAUCCUCCAAAAUGUUGAAGAAAGGCGGCACUUUGGCUUACUGGUUUUAUAAGGACCCUAUUUUCGUCAAUUACCCCAAGGCAAAUGAGUUAUAUGAUAAAUAUACGUACGGCUCAUCUCGCGAUGCGAGUCAAGGUGACGGGUUCGAAAAGUAUAUGGGGCCCUAUUGGGAGCAGCCUGGAAGGAACUUUCUCAGAACCCUCUUGAAGGAUGUUGAGGUACCAAAGGAUUUAUUCGAGGAUGUCGUAAGAGUUGAGUUCGACCCCCAUGUUGAUGGUAAUGAUAGCUCUAAAACUAGCUUGUAUAUCUCCAAGAAAGUCACUCUUUCUGGUAUUUUGAGCUACGUUAAAAGUUGGAGCGCUUACCAUGCGUGGAUGAAGGACAACGGUGACAAGUACAAUGUUGCUGAAGCCUUUGUCGAAGAGCUACGUUCUGAAAUGGGCUGGGAUGACAGCUUCGAAUUUGAAAUUGUUUUUGCAACCGCUUAUACAUUUGCUCGGAAGAAAUAG